CUGAACGAACCCUCAAGGCAAUCUCGACUUGAAAAAUAAUUCAACAUGGGUGUCCGAGGUCAAAAGAAACACAUGAAGCGCCUGGCCGCUCCCUCGUCAUGGAUGUUGGACAAGCUCGGUGGUACUUACGCUCCCCGAUCGAACCCCGGUCCUCACAAACUCAGGGAGAGUUUGCCUUUGAGUAUCCUUCUCCGUAACCGACUCAAAUAUGCUUUGACUGGUCGAGAAGUCACCUUGAUUGUUGCUCAACGUUUGAUCAAGGUCGACAACAAGGUCCGAACUGACCCUAAAUUCCCCACUGGUUUCAUGGACGUUGUCUCGAUCGAGAAAUCCGGAGAGAACUUCCGUGUCCUUUACGAUGUCAAAGGUCGAUUCACCAUCCACCGAAUCAGUGCUGAAGAGGCCGCCUACAAGCUUUGCAAGGUUAAACGUGUUCAGCUCGGCGCCAAGGGGGUCCCAUUCCUUGUCACCCACGAUGGACGCACUAUCCGUUACCCUGACCCAAUCAUCAAAGUCAAUGACACUAUCCGAUUUGACUUGGAAAACAACAAGAUUGUUGAUUACAUUCCCUUCGAGGCCGGAAGCUUAGUCAUGUGCACUGGUGGACGCAAUCAAGGUCGUGUUGGAACUAUUGUACAUCGAGAGAAACACAUCGGAGGAUACGAUAUUGUCCACGUACGUGAUGUUCUUGACCGAGCCUUCUCCACCCGUAUUGGUAACAUUCAAGUUAUCGGUACCCACGGUAAGGCCGGAAUCUCUCUUCCUCGAGGUGGUGGUGUCAAACUUUCAAUUGCUGAAGAGCGUGACCAGAAACGAAAACAAAAGGAAAAGGAAGGUUACUAGAAACCUAAAAUCUUAUAAUCACUAUGUGUCUUGUCUAUCUAACAUGGUUGUAGUAAUGAUGAAGAGCUCUCUUGUGCUUCACCAUGCCAAUAUCACCCACUUUUAUGCAUGCUAUGCUAUUCUGCUUUCCAACC